GAGAGAAGAAUCAGCAGCAGGAGGAGGAGGAGGAGGCGAAGAAGAAGCAGCAGCAUCAGGAAGGCGCUUGUGAGCGACGCCGGCGCUUUUGCCUCCUUGGAGCCUGUGCAAGGAGCCCAAGAAGCAACCCGCCGCCGGCAGCCAUGGGGCGAGUGCAAGGAGGGGUGCGCUGCAUCAAGUUCCUGCUCUUCGUUUUCAACUUCAUCUUCUGGUUGGCAGGUUCAGCUGUCGUCGCAUUUGGGCUGUGGCUGCGGUUUGGAAAUGUAAUAAGAGAUUUAGCAACUGAUGAAAAGUCCCCAGAAUACUUUUAUAUGGGACUCUAUGUGCUGGUGGGAGCAGGUGCCCUGAUGAUGACAGUGGGAUUUUUUGGGUGCUGUGGAGCUGCACGGGAAUCUCAAUGCCUACUUGGAGCAUUCUUCACGUGUUUACUGGUGAUUUUUGCUGCUGAAGUAACUGCAGGAGUUUUUGCUUUUCUUGGCAAGAAAACGGCUAUUGAAGAGGUCCAGGCUAUCUAUGAUGAAGCUUAUAACGAAUAUAUCAGUGAUUCGGGGAAGAACCAGUCACUUAUCCAGAUGCACAAAGCACUUCAAUGCUGUGGGAAAGAGACUGACGUUCUAGUGAAAUCUACUUGUCCAAAAGAUAUUGAACUUCCCAAAAACUGUCUGGUUGAAAUUGAAACUUUCAUUGACUCAAAGCUUCAUCUGCUUGGCAUUGUGGGGAUUGGAAUUGCUGGAAUCACAAUCUUUGGCAUGGUCUUCAGUAUGGUUCUCUGCUGUGCAAUCCGUAACACAAGAGACAUGCUCUAGAACUGUCACUGCAUAGCAUUGCUUUCAUCCCAUGGAUUGGAAGGCUUCCUGACGGAACCUGCAAGAAGCGCUUGCUUGCUCAGCUUAACAACUGUAACCAUUUUUAAUUAGCGGUGUUAACCAACUGACAGAGAAAAGGGGACGUAUAGUUAGCCUGAGAAUUUGCGUCAUUUGCAUUCUAAAAAAUUAAGACCAUGAAAUCUGAAGUGAGCAAGUAGGACAAGCUUAACAAGGCAUUGCUGAAGGCAGUGGCAGCACCUGAAACUAAAAUUUCUUUGAAGUAAGACUUUGCACAUGUGUGUGAGUGAACUGUGCCUGUAUCUCUACAUUCAAGUGCAUGUGUGUUUGUUUUGGCACACAGAUGCACAUGGUGCGGCUGCACAAACAUCUGUAUAUACAGUACUCAGUAUGACUGUAGGUAUGUUUUGUGGGUGAACCAUAUUUGCAUGCAUAUUUCCACAAUAUAUAUAUAUACAUACACACACACACUUGGGUGCAGCAAACUCAAACUCAAACCAUUUCCAAAUGGACUCUUCUUGGUUGAUAAUUUAUGGAGAAGCAAAUCUUUUUUAACAAACAAAAUACCCCAUCUGACUUCUAUCCAUAGUCUGCAAUGAACUAGAUAUAAUUAAUUAGGCUGAAGUUAAAUUUGCUGGAAACAAGCCUGUAAUCCUAUACAACUCUACUCCUUGGAAUAUAUUAAUUUAUUUGGCACAUUCUAUUUUUGAGAAAGGAGGCAAUAUAAGGGGUCCCCGGUGGACUCUCUGGCCUGCACAAAUAAUAGAAGCUAGAGCUACUGUAGGGCAUUUCAUCUAGGAUGAUCAUACUAUUACUGCUCCAGGUGCGUUGUGGGUAAAACUGUAGAAUUUACACUGUAUGCUUGAAAUACCUCAGGAGUGAGUUUACAGUUUGCAACUGUGCUUUGUAGUGUUUCUAUUUAUUUAUACUAAAAUGUUCCUAGUGGGAAAAUAACCUGAUGGAAUCACUGUAGCUGGCCAGAAGGAAGUCAUUUAUGGUGCCAUCCUAAUACGUUACAAUCAAGAGGAUCUUUCCCUUAAUUUCUAUGGGAGGUACACCCUUGGGACCUGUAAAAAAACCUGUCAUUUCUUUGAUAGGCUGUCAUGUUCAGAGUGGGAACCUCUGUUCUAUCUUCUUCUGAUACACUGCUAUGUUUCAAAUGGGAGCAGGCCACCUAAAAGAAUAUUUCAGCAAACCAUACUAGUUUCCUAACAAAUACUGCAAUCCAUGCACGUGUUCCAUUAAAACAUAAGCUUAGGAGACCUCAGCCAAAGUUUGUUA